GAGCCCUGACGUCGGUUACCUCCCGCUUUGGACUGGGGCUGGAAGGCACUGCCAAGUGCACGUGAUCUAGAACAUUUCCCCAGUCGCCUGUGCGGGAGGUACACGUAUGGCGGUGCUCCCCAAGUACCGAUACAAGCGGCAACUAAAAUACGGGUCAGACGAUUGAAGCGGCCUCGCGCAACCGCUUUCCAAGGGGAAAGCUGUCCAGAUCCAACCCACAUCACGGCCUCCCGUCGUUCCCAUCCAGCUAGACCAUAGAAACCAAAGACCGCGCAAUUUUACCAGCAUACAAGACACUUUCGCCUUCGAGUCACUCGAAAGUCGCCCAGCGCAUCUGCAAUCGGCACCUGCCCCGUCACAACAACAACCAUGAUAACAGACAACGAAUUGUACCGCCUCGCCAUCUUUUUCGGCUCUGCGGCAAUGGUCCUCAUUGUCGUCUACCACUUCUUCGAGGUCAAUGCGAAGGAGAGCGAGCAGGAGGCUGUCAAAGACAAGGCUCCCAUCAAAGCCGGUGCCUCCCCAGCCCCGGCUUCCACCAAGACAAGGUGAAGACCUGCGAACUGGGUGUACGACUAGGAAGGACAUAGAAAGCCGGGUUUCUUUGGUGUCAAAAAUAGGAGUUCGCCAGUGCCGCGCGUGAGAAGCCUGCGGGCCGAGAGGUUGACAAACCGAAACGAAAACGGCGUGGGAAGCGGUCUACGAAUGGCUUUGAUACGGUUGACGGAGUGGCCUUGGUCUAGUGGCCGGCCCGAGACUCGCGAUACAACGCGACAGCCACGUACCUGUAGGCGACAGGCAUGUCGCGAUUCCAUACGUAUAAUAAAUACAACGCCAGCUCACAGCUAGGAUAGGCUUGGUGAGCGUGUUAUUACCAGAGGCAGAGACAAACAAGGUUCUGCUUCAGA